UCGAGCUCACAUCUCCACCAAACCAAUCACAAUGGCUAGCGUAACAAGUCUAUUACUUCUUCUUGCAAUGCUGGUGGCUGUCUCCCUGGCCCAUCAUCACCAUGGUCACCAUCAUCAUCGUCACCAUCACCACCACCACCAUCAUCACCACCACCACACGAAGAAUAUCCAUCAUUACGACGAGUACUCAUCAGGCUCAUCGGGUUCCUCAGGCUCAUCCGAGUCCUCAGGAUGCGGUUGUGGAGGAAGUUCCGGGUCUUCUGAAUCCUCGGACGAAGACUACCCCAUCCCAAUCCCAAUCCCAAUCUCCAGCGGUGGCGGCAGCAGCAGCGGUAGCAGCGGUUCCUCCGACGCCGCCCUUCUCCAGGCUCUCAUCAACGCCGGAAAGAAGAAGUAGACACAAUACUUGGCUCUCCGCAGUUUCUUCGACAGCUGGUUCUGUUGACUUCUACUUACCCGUUUUAUUUUAUUUGUUAUGUGUUUCUCUUAAGACACAAUUAUGUAAAAUAAAAAAAUGAAUUAUG